UUAACAACAUGCAUACACACUAGAACAAUACAUGCAAACAAUAAACAGAGUUUAAUCCCUUUGGCAUUUUCUGAUCUUAGGAAUAUCUCUCGCACUAACGUUCUCCUUUUUGAACUUUACCACUCAACCUCAUUUGGAUUUUGCUCAGAAUCCAAGAUCUUGAUUGAUUUGCUCAAUAAACUUGUCCCUUUUCAUUUUGACAGAGUCAAAAUCUUUUCCUUUUUUCUUCUUCUCCUAAACAAGUUGAUAAAACCAUUUCUUUUGCACAAUAACAGCAACAAAAAUUAAGUCACGUUUCAAUCCUAAACUAAUUGGUCAUGAUAUCAAAUUACUUGGGGUCGGUUAUAUCAGAUCAAUGUUUAUAUUCUUUGAACCAGUAUUCAAUAUUAUUGUCAUAAAACGGAACCUUUUUUUUUUCAACCAUCUCAAGAAAUUGAGUACCUAAAGAUUCAGCAAAAAUGGGAGGUUGUUUCAGCAAGAACAAAUAUGGACAACCAGAUGGUAAAAGGUAUAGGCCAAGAAGAGGAGCAAAUGCUGCAUAUCAACAUUAUCAACAUCCAGUUUAUUAUCAUCAAAACUAUCAAAGACCACCUCAAGCAAGGCCCUAUAAGCCCCGUGCACAACAACAACAACAGGUACACCAAAAUCCUGUGAAAAAUUCACAAUCCCAUAUUCAAGAACAAAGAAUAGAACAAGAUACCAUUUUAGGGAAGCCAUUUGAGGAUAUUAAAGCACAUUACACACUUGGGCAAGAAUUAGGUAGGGGUCAAUAUGGAGUGAUUUACUAUUGUACUGAGAUUUCAACUGGACAGCCUUAUGCUUGCAAGUCAAUAAUGAAGAGGAAACUUGUGAAUAAGAAAGAUAAGGAGGAUAUUAAGAGGGAGAUUCAAAUUAUGCAGCAUUUGAGUGGACAACCAAAUAUAGUUGAAUUCAAGGGUGCAUAUGAGGACAAGUAUUCAGUGCACCUUGUUAUGGAACUUUGUGCUGGAGGGGAGUUGUUUGAUAGAAUUAUUGCCAGGGGAUAUUACUCUGAGAAGGAUGCUGCUGAUAUUAUCAGACAGAUUGUGAAUGUUGUUUACAUUUGCCAUUUUAUGGGUGUUAUGCAUAGGGAUCUCAAGCCUGAGAAUUUCUUAUUGACUAGUAAGGAUGAAAGUGCAAUGUUAAAAGCAACUGAUUUUGGACUUUCUGUCUUCAUUGAAGAAGGUAAGGUUUAUCGCGAUAUAGUUGGUAGUGCAUACUAUGUAGCUCCUGAAGUAUUGAGGCGUAGUUAUGGAAAGGAAGCGGAUGUAUGGAGUGCAGGUGUUAUUUUGUAUAUUCUACUUAGUGGUGUACCUCCAUUUUGGGAUGAAACUGAAAAGGGAAUAUUCCAUGCUAUACUAAAAGGAGAAAUUGACUUCCAGAGUGAUCCAUGGCCAUCCAUAUCAAAUAGUGCCAAGGACCUUGUUCGAAAAAUGUUAACACAGGAUGCAAAAAACAGAAUCACAUCAGCAGAAGUUCUUGAACAUCCAUGGCUUCGAAGUGGAGAAGCAUCAGAUAAGCCUAUAGACAGUGCAGUCCUCUCCAGAAUGAAGCAGUUCAGGGCAAUGAACAAGCUCAAGAAACUCGCAUUGAAGGUCAUUGCAGAAAAUUUAUCUGAAGAAGAAAUUAAGGGUCUGAAAGCUAUGUUUGCGAACAUGGAUACAGACAAUAGUGGGACAAUCACUUACGAAGAAUUAAAAUCAGGAUUGGCUCGCCUUGGAUCAAAGCUUUCAGAGGCUGAAGUUAAGCAACUUAUGGAAGCUGCUGAUGUGGAUGGAAAUGGAACGAUUGACUACAUCGAGUUUGUUACUGCAACAAUGCAUAGACAUCGGCUUGAAAGGGAUGACCAUCUGUUUAAAGCUUUUCAGUUUUUUGACACGGACCAUAGCGGCUUCAUAACAAAAGAUGAAUUGGAAAGUGCUAUGAAAGAGUACGGUAUGGGUGAUGAGGCCACCAUAAAGGAAAUUAUAGCAGAGGUGGACACAGAUCAUGACGGUAGGAUCAAUUAUGAGGAGUUCUGCGCGAUGAUGAGGAGCGGAACACAACCACAAGAGAAAAUAAUUUAGUUCCUUCAAACAGUAACCUUGCAUGCAAGAGAAGAUUCAGAAAAGGCGGCAGAGGUAUUCUUGAUGUACUUGUUACACCUGAUAUCUCCAAUAUUUUUUGACUUGCUUUGACAACUUUGGAAAGCAGUGGAAUGAAGGAAGCAUUUUGGUGUACAUCCAAUUUAAAGCAGAAUAUCUAAUAAAAUUCAUUUAUUUAUAAUGUAUAUUCCUUCCAUCCUAAAAAGAAUGAAAAUAUUACUGCUGUCUGAAAAGUAGUCUUGGUUCUUUGCCAUUUUCUUUACA